AUGAUGAAGGAAUUAUCACGUCGUGUUUCGUCUGUUUUGAACGACGAGGAGGUUACCGACUGCUAUAGACCAUCAUCUUUUGUGCCAGUCUCCACAAAGAGCUCGCUCCGAGCCAAGCAUCAAAAUGCUGAUUACAUACCCUACGGAACUGGUUAUAAAUUAUUGGAUCCUGAUAGUAUUUAUCCCUUGUUAAAUUGGCACGAGGCCGAGAGAAAGCGCUUGAAAGCUGAGUUAGAGGGGUUACCGAAAGCUGACUUACAAGGACGACAGGUGGGGUAUAGCUAUAGCAAUAUGUGCUUUGACUGGUACGUAGCAGAGGAGCGGGUCAGCAUAGAUAACAACGGGUAUUUUCUGUGAGUCUAAAAUGAGGGGAAAAAAGUUGUUUUACAGCUUUGAAAGCAAUAUGGUUAAACUGUGCGACUACAAAAACUCUUCAUUGGAGUGGUUGUGAUAAUGACUUCUGCUAAUUUUGACAAAAAUUGUUUGAAGGACUACUCUUAUCGUACCAUCAGACUUCUCAAACCAAUAGUUCUUGUACAACUCGUUUAAUAUAAGAAUUUAAAUAAUAUGUUUCUCUACAGAAGGUUCGAAGAGCAGGAAAGUAAUUUCAUAGAAAGCCAUUGCCUUUGGCAAUAACCUCAGCUAUAAGGAAUGUCAAUUAAGUUACGAUUAACCAACUUCUCUUUGUUAAGAAAGUUGACUGCGAAAAUGUGAAAGUCUUUGAUAGGGAUUAGUCCUGCAGUAGUUUAGUCUUAGUAAAUACAUACUGAAUAAUCGCAUGUACCAAGUGGAGUAGAGAAGUUUUGAUUCCAUUUUCAUCAUCUUUUGUUGAUCAUUAAAAGA